AUGAGCUCAUCGUUUGCUCGAAAUAUACCGAGCCUCAACGUCGUUGACCUCCGUGCAGAUUAUGCCGCCCGGAGGCUCUCACCGGUCGACGUCGUUCGGCAGGUGUACGAAAAAAUAUCCUCCUACCAUGAUCACGAUCCGGCCGUCUGGAUCUACCUGAUUCCCCAAUCGGAAGCACUGAACCGCGCGGAGGAACUGGUGGACAAGUAUUAUCGCUCCGAUCUGCCUCUUCCGCCGCUGUUCGGGGUUCCGUUCUCAGUGAAAGAUUCGAUCGACAUCAGUAGCCUCCCGACGACGCUAGCCUGUCAGACGUUCACAUAUAUUGCCACGCAGACGGCACCAGUGAUCUCAAGAAUCCUCGCAGCUGGGGGAAUCAUCGUAGGCAAAACCAACCUCGACCAGUUUGCGACGGGUCUAGCAGGCGUACGCUCCCCUUACGGCGCCCCUCGCUGCAUCUUUGAUGCAGAUUACAUCUCGGGCGGAAGCUCGUCGGGAUCUGCUGUGAGCGUCGCUGCGUCAUUGGUCUCCUUUACGGUCUGCACGGACACGGGGGGCAGUACAAGGGUCCCCGCGGCUCUCAAUGGAGUCGUAGGUCUGAAACCCACGCUAGGGACCAUCAGCACCGAAGGCUUGUUUCCAGCGUGCAAGAAUAUCGAUUGCGUCUGUGUGAUGGCCAGAACGGUGGGCGAUGUCGAGGAGGUCUGGCAGGUGAUAAGGGCAUUUGAUGAGCGAGACGUAUUCGCCCGCCGAGAGCUGCCCACUUGGGGUCCUUGGAAGGAUCCAGUGCGGUUUGCCAUUCCACCAGAUGAUCUCCUGCGCAACCUAUCACCGGCCUAUGCCAGACUGUUCCAAAACUUAUGCACAGCUCUAAGGGAUCACAGAAAAUGGUGCACGGAGGCAGAAGGAUUCGAUUAUAUGCCCUUCGCCUUGGCGAAUCAGAUGUUGUAUGACUCGUCGAUCGUCUCCCAGCGCCUUCUUGCCUUCGACCCGUACAUCAAGGCACAUGGACUCGGCUCCUUGCAUCCGGCCAUCCAGGCGACAUUCCAGCAAGCCAUGGAUAACCGCUUCAGCGCGGAGCGCGCGUACGAGGACAUUUUCACCCUCGCGCGGCACAAACGGCAGGCCGAGAUCCAGUUCCGGGAGCACGUCGACGUUCUCAUUGUCCCAAGCACCGUGGACCACUUCACGGUCACCCAGCUGGAGGAAGAGCCCAUGGUGCGGAACAAGGCGAUGGGGAGGUUCACCAACUUCGUCAAUCUGCUGGACCUGGCCGCCGUCAGCGUGCCGGUGGGUUGGUGGGAGAACGCAAAUGGGAACAAACUGCCCUUCGGCGUGACGGUGAUCGGACAAGCGGGGAAAGACAAGGAGCUCAUGUCCUUUGGGGAAAGACUCAUGGCCAUAAUGUCCCAAGAGUAA